AUGGAGUAUCAACGACUCACCUUAGAGGAGGAAGAGGAGGAUGAUGAUGCUGAUCUUCAGUACAUGAUAGAACAGAGUCUGCAGGAGAGCAACAAACAGAAAAAAGCAACACAACACGACAGGAGGUCUGGAUGUGACUCUGCAGAAAGCAGCUCACUCUUCUCUGCUAUUAGACAAGGUGACGAGAAGCUGUUGAAGGAUCUGAGCGUCCAGCAGAAGGAUCGGUUUCUCCAGCCGGACGACAGAGGCUGGAUUCCUCUUCACGAAGCAGCAGCUCAGAGCAACUACACCAUCCUGAAGCUCACGUUCAGAGCUUCAGGUCCAGAGUCUGUGGAGCGCCGGACUCUUCGGGGUCAGACUCCUCUCUUCCUGGCCGUGGAACAAGGUCUGAUAGAAAACGUCUCCUUCCUCCUCAAGCACGGAUCCCAGCCGGACAGCCAGGACCUGGAGGAGGACUCGGCUCUGUUUGUAGCCAUUCGCUCCGACCGCCCCGACCUGGUGGAGCUGCUGCUCCACUGGGGGUCCGUGGUGAACCAGGAGGGUUGCCACGGACGCCGACCCCUCCACGAGGCCUCAAGUCUGGGCAGAGCAGCGCUUGUGACCCUGCUGCUGGACGCCGGAGCCCGGCCGGACCCCCACAGCCACUACAGCCUCACGCCACUGGCUCUGGCGGCUCAGGCCGGACACCUGGAGGUGGUGCAGACGCUGCUGAGGGAAGGUGCAGACGUCCUGUCCCAGGCGCAGGACGAAGCGUCCGUCCUGUACGAGGCGGCUGCAGCCGGAGAUCCAGCCGUCAUCAGUCUGCUGCUGGAACACGGCGCCGACGCCAACGUGGCCAAAAACACGGGUCACAUGCCCAUCCACCGCCUCGCCCACAGGGGACACCUGCAAGCUUUAAAGCUUCUUAUUCCUGUAACGUCAGUGGCAGAGGUGAUGGACAGUGGGAUCAGUCCUCUACACACAGCGUCUGCAGGAGGACACACACACUGCAUCAAGGCCUUGCUGGAUGCAGGUUACGACCCCAACUACAUGCUGGACCCCAGUGUUCGCCGUAGCUAUGACGACGAGGGGAAGUCGGCGCUCUUCUUCGCCGUCUGCAACAACGACAUGGAGUCGGCCCGACUGCUGCUGGAGGCCGGAGCCAAGACCAACCAGGACCCGAUCAAAUGUCUGCAGGUCGCUCUGCGUCUGGGAAACCACGCCUUGAUCCACCUGCUGCUGAGGUUCGGCGCCAACGUGAACUAUUACUGCAGAAUCAACUCCACCCACUUCCCCUCGGCGCUGCAGUACGCUCUGAAAGACGAGGUGGUUCUCCGGAUGCUGUGUAACUAUGGUUACGACGUGGAGCGCUGCUUCCACUGUCCCUAUGGCAACGGCUCCCACAUCCCGGAAGAUUACGAGGGGUGGAGCAACACGGUGCUCAAAGACACCAUGUUCUGUGAGCUGAUCAACGUCUACUGGCUGAAGGAACUCUCCGGCCACAUUGUCGGCGUCCUGCUGGACUACGUGGAUCAUGUGACCCUGUGCUCCAAGCUGAAGGCAGCAGUGAUGGAGCAGCAGGAGUGGCCCCACAUCCGCAAUCUGCAAGAAAACGCUCGCUCUCUGCAGCAUCUCUGUCGGCUGCAGAUCCGUCGCUGCCUCGGUCGUCUUCGCCUCCGAGCUCCUGUCUUCAUGAGCUUCCUGACGUUGCCAGGGCGACUAAAGGACUACAUCCUGUACCAGGACAACGACCUGUAUGGUUGCCAGGGCGACACACCGUGGGGAUGCAGGAGUGAGGAAACAUCCAAAUAA